AUGCCGUGGCGGGGGGCGGUGUGCACAGAGAAGCCAACAGAGCAGUAAGCGCAGCAGGAGCGUGGAAGAUGACAAGGAAGGUCACCUGGUGUGCAGGAUCGGCGAUUGGCUUCAAGAGCGAUGUACAGUCACCUCUCGUAAAACUUUACCUCUCUACUUUUAUCCCUGGGUUAGAGCAGAUCUCUCGGUUGGUACUGGAGGGGUCUCUAGUGCUUUGUUUACCGACCAGUAAUUUGCACAAGGCAGAGUAUAGACACUUGAGUUUUAACGAGUGUAGCAGUGAGAGACAUUGUUUUGUUUGCUUUGAUGUGCUAUUGCUGUGAAUUGCAGGAGCUCAGCUCUGGCCAAGCCCCUGAGGUUCACAGGGGUUUCUGUUUUCUCUCCUAGAUGAAAUUGUUGGCAGCCUUGGGGAAGGCACUUUUGGCAAAGUGGUGGAGUGUGUGGACCAUGCCAGAGGCAAGUCCCAGGUGGCACUGAAAAUCAUAAAAAACGUUGGAAAAUACCGGGAAGCAGCCAGGCUGGAGAUCAAUGUCCUGAAAAAAAUCAAGGAGAAGGACAAGGAGAACAAAUUCCUGUGUGUCCUGAUGUCAGACUGGUUCAACUUCCACGGCCACAUGUGCAUUGCCUUUGAGCUCCUGGGCAAGAACACCUUUGAGUUCCUGAAGGAGAACAACUUCCAGCCAUACCCUCUCCCUCAGAUCCGGCACAUGGCCUACCAGCUCUGCCAUGCCCUGAAAUUUUUACAUGACAACCAGUUGACUCACACUGACCUCAAGCCAGAAAACAUCUUGUUUGUCAACUCGGAUUUUGACACCCUGUACAAUGAGAAUAAGGACUGUGAGGAGAAGUCCAUCCGGAACACGAGCAUCCGCGUGGCAGACUUUGGCAGUGCCACCUUUGACCACGAGCACCACACCACCAUCGUGGCCACCCGGCACUACCGGCCCCCAGAAGUCAUCCUGGAGCUGGGCUGGGCACAGCCAUGUGAUGUCUGGAGUACUGGCUGCAUUCUCUUCGAGUAUUACCGUGGCUUCACGCUCUUUCAGACCCACGAGAAUCGUGAGCAUCUUGUCAUGAUGGAGAAAAUCCUUGGGCCACUUCCAUCUCACAUGGUGCACAAAACUCGGAAGCAGAAGUAUUUCCACAAUGGCAACCUGGUAUGGGAUGAGAACACGUCCGAUGGGAGAUACGUCCAGGAGAACUGCAAGCCCCUGCAGACAUACAUGCUGCAUGACUCCCUGGAGCAUGCUCAGCUCUUCGACCUGAUGAGGAGGAUGUUGGAAUUCGACCCUUCCCAGAGGAUCACGUUCUCAGAGGCUCUCCUCCAUCCCUUUUUUGCUGGGCUCUCCACAGAGGAAAGGAUGCUGUGUGGGCGUGGAGCCAGCAGGGACCUGAGCAGAUGA